AUGAUAGAUUUUCUAAAAUUUUAAGGUAUUUUUAGUAGUUAAUGUUGAAAAGUUGUAUACUUUUAAGAAACAUUAAUUGAAAAUAUUUGAAUUGGUUGAAUACUAUUGGUUGAUAUUUAUUGGAAAUGUAUAGUAAAAUAAAUAAAAAAUUCAAUUGUAAAAAGUUAAUUGUUUUCUUAAUAUGCGUGAAUACUCUAGAAAAUCCUUCUUUCAGGACCAGAAAGGGUAAUAAACAGAUGUCUGAGACGACGCCAUAGACAACUCAUCAACAUAACGUUUAUUUAUGAGUACAACGACUCGAAAAUAAGCACACUGACGUGUUACGGCCAAAUUCUAUAUAAAUAUGUUCACAUUAUAUACUAUUUUAUGAGUUUUUAAUAUAAAACUCACAUACCGGAUUCCACAGAUUAUACAAAGGCUCUAUAUAGAAGGACAAUUUGCAAAAAAAUCACUAAUGUUUAGCCAAUUUUAUUUUUACUUAAUUUUAUUUUAAAUUUUUUAUUUUUUAUGUGUUAUUUUGAAUAAAAAUGUCUUUUAAUGUUAAUUAACGGUAUCUUUAUAUAUCUAUCAACCACAUUUAUAUACUUUUACAUAUACAUAUAUGUGCACAUUGACGUAAGCACAUAUAUAACUAAAUCUUCGCUACAUGUGAGGAUUCUAAAUUUCUUGAAAGUUGAAAUAUUAUUUUUAAUACUUCCUUUCACCAUCGACCAAAUUGUACAUAAAUAAAAAAAUUUCUUCAACUAAUAUCUAGAUUUGAUUUGAUUUUGCAUGCGUUUAGAAAUUAUAAUAUAAAACCAUUGGUUCGACAUCAGAACUCUCUAAAAUUCAUCUAACAUGAAAUCAAACAAAUAAUAAUAGUUUUUGGUUAUCACCGGAAAAAUUAAAAUCCUCAAUCAUUUUAACCGAACAAACCAAAAUAAAUAUGGAUUUAGAAUGGUGGUUAUAAUUUUAAGAGAUUAAAAACAAAAACAACCUAAAAUCAAACCGAUAUCCAGAUUAAAUAGAUUUCAUGUCUUCUUAUCUUAAAAUAAUAAAAUUAAUAAUCUCAUUCUACGCGAGACGCGUGUUAUUACCUAGCAGUUUAGUAAUCGUGCAGCCUCCAUUAACUAAGCCGUACAUAUAGCUAAAUGUACACCAAAUAACCCUUCUCUCCCAAGAAGCCAUCUUACUUCGCCUCGAAACUAUCUCCAAGAGGACCAAGGCUAAGUAUUAAAUUACCAGUUUUAUAGUUCUCAUCUUAUGAUUUUAUCCUAUCAAAGAUUCAAAACCCUUAAACCUGUCUCCCCCAAGAAGCAACAGUGAGUGCACGCUUACGAGGCAGUUGCUCCCCCACACUUCCUCCACUCUCCAACCUACACGUGUCACACCCUUUCCACAUGCACAAACUCACACACAAAUUCAUGCAUGCGUAUAUAAUACAUUCUUAUUGUUAGAGCCUUAGAGGAAAGAAGAGAGAGAUAUGGAGAGAACAGAAGCCUUGACGUCAUCGUUUAUAUGGAGGCCAAACGCAAACGCAGAGAUAACUCUGAGCUGUCCAAGAUGUGGAUCCUCCAACACGAAGUUUUGUUACUACAACAACUAUAGCCUCACUCAGCCACGCUACUUCUGCAAAGGCUGCCGCAGAUAUUGGACCAAAGGUGGCUCCCUCCGGAACGUGCCCGUAGGCGGUGGCUGCCGCAAAUCCCGCCGUCCCAAAUCCUCCUCGGGUAACACUAAAACCGGCCUAACCGCUAACUCUUACAAUUCCGGUGGUGGCGCACCAAACAUAGAUCUUGCUCUUGUUUACGCCAAUUUCUUGAACCCAAAGCCUGACGAACACAAACUUCAAGAAAACUGCGACACAGAUUUUCUAGUCGAUGAACCUGCCGGCGCUUCGAUGGAACCCUUAUGGAGUAUGGACAUCGAUCAUGGACAUCAUCAUCAUCACUAUGAACAUCAGGUGGAACGCAUUGUGGAGGAAUGUGGUUACAAUGGGUUGCCUCCAUUUCCUGGUGAAGAGCUUAUGUCUAUUGACACUAGUGGUGUUUGGUCUGAUGCUUUAUUGAAUGGUCAUAACCAUGUAGACGUUGGUGGUGUGACUCCGGCUCAGAUUGUUCAGGAUCCGGUGGUUCAUUUUGCUGACGAAUCCAGUGACUCCACCAACCUCUUGUUUGGAAGUUGGAGCCGUUUUGAUUUCUCAGUCGAUGGAUGAUCUUUAUUUACAUAAAAGUUUGUAUUGUACUUAUUAUACAUACAUACACAAUUAUAUGAAUAUAUUAUGGAUCAUUUAUGUAAAUAAGAAAGUCCAUAAUUUAAGUACAAAUUUAAGGGGUAAUAUGUAUACAUAGGCUAUCCUUUUUUGUGCUGUGAUUCUCGACCUAUGUAUAUGAUGCUAUAAUUAGUCGUUAUCAAGAUUUGCCCAAGAAGCCCACGUGGGAGGUCCUAAUCUUUGGAUUCGACUGAGAUUUGCUUGUUACUUAAACUUAUAAUUCACUGAAAGUGAGACGCACGUGUGAGACUUGUAGUAUCUCUGGCCUUUGUGUGUGUCCUUGUAGAUCCUUCUCUAAAAGAGAGUGUCAGAGAAAGAGCAUAUAUGUUCCUACUUAUCCUAAUCUUAUAUUAUUAUUUCGGCUUUAAGUCAAUGCCAUCCAUUGAAAAGAUUAAUGUGCAUGAUUCAUACGAUUUUUAACCUUACAAACAUAUUCAUUGAAAUAUAUUAUUGCUAACAUAUUUUUCGAGAUGUGUCAUGUAUAUGGAGAUCCAACACAUCUAUGUUGAUAAUGUAAAAUGUAACACCAUAACCAACUCGUUACCCUAGUCGUGACUAGUCAGAUAAUCUUAUUCAACAUGUGACUUGUCACUUAUCACAAGUUGGCCCGACUAGCUAACUCGUGAUUUAUCAAGGAUAUUAGUCCGUCGUCUACAUGUGAGAUCUAAUCCUAUAGGGAUUGGAAAUUUUAUUGCUCUUAUCAUGCGAUAACUCAUAUGAGUACGUACGUAGGGAAAUUAAAAGAAGAAAUAAAUUUAAAAGAGAGAAAAGAAGAAGAGAAUUUAUAGAUUUGGUGAACAAUAGUAGAGGAAAUUACGCAAGUUGUAUUAAGAGGUAAAUAAGUUAACUUGGAAAGUUGUCUUCAGAGGAAAGUUGUUUAAUGUUGAGCUUCUUGCGUCACACACGUUCUCAUACAUCUCCACUUGAUCCAAGAAAAUAGUAAACUCUUAUGACUAUGAAAAAGAGUCAUACGUUUAAAUUUAUUUUUAGACGAUAAACGAUAUUAUCAAAUAUUGCCUACCAACUGACCAUGCCUGCUCAAAGUGAGAGAAGAGUUCUUGUUAUCUGUAUAUAAAUAGUAAGCAUCGAAAGGAUAUUUUAGUUAAAAAGAUAACAUCUUUUUAUCAUUUGAUUUACCAUAUUCAUAAGAAACAUUUGACCUUUCAUCUGAUCAUAUCAUGAUCUUAUCAUAUUAUAUGCAGUAGUGGCCCUGACUUUUAAAGAACCAGAAGCUAUUUGGCAAGAAAAGGCUGCAGUUACCAUAGGCAUAGGUCGAACUCAUGACCUUGGGGAAUAUAGCUUUAUUUUUUUACCACUAGACUAAAGAGAUAUUAAUCAAAUUGGGGCCGAAAAUAAUCUAUAUUGUUCAAAGGCCGGAAGCCCAUGCUUCUGCAGCUUCCUAUCAGGGCCGGGCCUGAUUCUAUGUAAUAAUCUAUUAUACAAUCUAACUAGCUACUACAUAUGAGUUCAUGGGAAAUGGAACUUUUACUGUAAUAAAAAUUAUGCUUAACAGUUUUACAGUUUUACCUACACAUUAAAUCUAUUCAUCAUACACCAGAUCUGAUCAACACAUUAGUAACUCUAAUAAACUUUGUAUCUAUGUAGUAAACUAGGAGUUUUCCUGCGCCAUGCGCAGAUAUAAAAUAUUUAAAAAUGUUAUAUAUAAAUAAAAUUUUCUAUUUUUAUAUUUUAGUUUUAUUAGUUUAAAAAAUAAAACCAUAAUGUAAUUGUUUUUAGUUGGAUUUAUUCAAGUUUACUUUGACCUUUUAAUUUUACAUUAUUUAACUUUUGAUAAAA